GUUGUCAUAAAUGACCACAGAUAUUAAGGUCAAACUAUGACUUAAAGAAUAAAAUAGCAGCAAAUGGGCAUUGACAGCUUUUGAAUUUUAAAAUUGGGUUUAAUUUCCUUUUUCAUUUCCUUUCCUGGAGAUUAAACCUUGAAACAGGUUUUCCGAAGGGGUCAGAUCAAAAUAAUCAACACGUCAAACAUGAGCUUCCAGGUUUGCCACUGCGGCUGGUCCAAAGUCACAACCUACCAUGGCCUGAGAACUCACCAGGGGAAGAUGGGGUGCACGCCGAAGGGGAUGAGGAUCCCUGAGAGUGAACAGUUCAGAUCUGGUUACUUUCCCAGACUGACCUACGUGGAACCUACAAUCAAAGUAGACAAGCCUCUGAUUGAACGCUUCACCCCUCAAGUCAAACCUCACGGUGACAGAAAUAUAUGGAGAGAUAUUUUAGAAGAGACUCUUCAAAAGGACAGCGCAACAAUUCACAGCACACCCAUCAAGACGCAGCCUUUCCUGAUGUCACUGACACAAACAUUCACAAGCCCAGCAAGUCCUGCAGUGACAGAGACAUACGAUUCAUUGUUUCAAACUCCGCAGCACUCUUAUCCAACCGCCACCAAUAUUUGCCGAGCCCUUGAUUUCAACACUGGGCCUCAGCAGAUACAACAGGUACAGCAUGUCUGGAAUAUCCCAGCAACCACAGCUCGGGAUACACUAUUCCAAAUACAGGAGAAAGAGAGGGAGGCUCAAAGACAACUCAAGCCUCUCCUGACCCUUGGUAGCCCAGCAAGUCCUGCAGUGAGGGAGACAAACGAUUCAUUGUUUCAAACUCCGCAACACUUUUAUCCAACCGCCACCAAUGUUCGCCGAGCCCUUGAUUUCAACACUGGGCCUCAGCAGAUACAACAGGAAGGACAACUCUGGAAUACCCCAACAACCACAGCUCAGGAUACACUACUCCAAGUAAAGGAGGAAGAGAAGAAGAAAGAGAGGGAGGCUCAAAAACAACUCAAGGCAAGGCAAGACAGCAUAAGGGCUGAUUUACAGCAGAAAAUCCAGUGGAGAGAACAAAAGAAGACUGAAGUCAGAUCAUCUGUAACAGCCAGCACAGACAGCUUGGAUGCUGAAUGGCAGGAGAUCAACAAUGUGUUCUCAGAGGUGAUGAGAGUCGUGGAGGAUGCUUGGAAGAAAGCCCUUCGACCUCUGGAGGAGAGGAGACAGAGAGUAGAGAGAGAAGCAGAAGAUCUGUUCCAGACACUGCAAAAUGAAAUCGACAAGCUCAGAGAGACCAUUGAUGAGCUGGACCUAAACCCAGACUUGCAGGUUUCUCCUCUAAAGGGGGUGGAUGAAUCCCGAGAUUGGAGCAAAGUAACCGUCGAUGGUUCGUUCUCCCCCGGUACUCUGAGAAGCACAACAUCAAACAUGAUGGAGCAGAUUCAGCAGAAACUGGAAAAACUCUCUUCUGUUGAGCUCAAGAGGGUUGCUACAUUUGCAGUGGAUGUAAAGCUGGACCCAACCACUGCCCACAGUUACCUUGCUGUUUCUCCUGAUGGGAAGAAAGUUCAAGAUGGAGAUCAAGACCAGAAAGUUCCGGCCGCUCCAGGGAGGUUUGACAUGUUCGGUAGCGUCCUGGGGCUGAACAGGUUGACGUCUGGGAGGUCCUACUGGGAGGUGGAGGUCACCCGCAAGACCGGGUGGGACCUGGGUGUGGCAAGAUGCGACGCAAACCGCAAGGGGAUCCUCUCGCUCACCCCUGAUAACGGUUACUGGGUUACUGUACAUUAUGAAAAUAAAAAGUACGCAGCUCUGACAGCUCCACCGGUCAGCCUCUCGCUGACAGUGAAACCUCAGAAGGUGGGAGUGUUCGUGGAUUACGAUGAAGGUCUUGUGUCCUUCUACGAUGUGACGGCUCAAUCUCACAUCUACUCGUUUACCCGGUGUUCGUUUGGGGGUGAGAUUUCCCCAUAUUUCAGUCCACAUCUACAUCGAAAUGGGAAAAACUCCGAGCCUCUCAUCAUCUCUGCUGUGAAAAAUCAAAAGUAGUAACCUUUGGUGCAGCAAGGGGAGAGAAGUUGAAAACUUAACCAAUGGGAAGCUUUUUGAAUCCACAGAAUGAUUUAGCAACAGUAACAAAGGUUAUUUGCAUUUCAUUUUUGCAUUAUUUUCUAAAUCUAUCUCUUUUUUUUUUAACAUAAAAUAUGUGAUUUUCCGCUGCUCCAUUUCAAAAGAGAAUAUAAGAUUGUUUUACCGAGCUGUUUACUGACGAGAGGAGAGCUCAGAGAUUGCUUUCUAACUUUUUUGGAUUAAAAAGAUAUAUCUUCAGACAUGUUAAUCAGCCUGACUGCAGCUGCUAUCUGCUGAGGACUGGAACCGCAGGGGGAAAAAAACAGUCUUUCAAUGUUAUUUAAUUAUUGCCUUGUCUUUAGAGUUUUAUUGUCUUGUGUCUCGUGUUUUGUUAUUUAAUUGUCCAUAAAUGUUUGUCCAUAAAGUUGUUGCACUGGUUUUCUGCAGUCUUAUGUUCAGUCAGCUCUGUUAUGCUUCAGCCUCAUCGCUUAAUUAUUUCCGCAAAGAUAAUACAUCUUGCCUGAUCAACAAGAUGUUUUACUGGUGUUAUCAUGCAGAAUAUGAAAUCACAUCAUUGGUCAAAUAACUGAGCUUUUAUUAAUGCCAUAUUUCACCCACUUUUUUUACAGUUUCAGAGGGUUCAGAUGAUGAUGGGAAAAUGUCUACAAGUUUCAACACAACUUGUAUUAUUAUAGCUAUGGAAAUGAUAAUCAUCUUUUCUUUUCUGGCCGUUUGGAGACUAAAAUCAAAUCCACCAAUGCUGAAGCUUCAGACACUCAAUUAGCCUCAGGAAGUCAAUUGUAUUGCCUCACUAAUCAGCAAAACAGUUUUCAGCUGUGCUGCCAUGGUUGCUCAGGGGUUUUCUACUGAUCAGUUUGACUUUUAACAUGAGAAACUUGGAUUAGCUGAGACAAUGUGCCAUCAGAGUGAUGACUGCUAAAAAUUGCUUGUUUUUGUAAGCUUGAAUAAAAACUGAUGGUAGAGCUGUUUUGUGGUUGUGCGUGUCUUUACACCCGCCCUG